GCGAGAAGAAGAAUUACCGCGGAGGACGAGCAGAAGAGUAUCUGAAGCAUCCUCGUCUCAGCUCCCGGCCUUCUGCCCUUCUGUCUGCAGAUUCCACCCAAGCUAUGGCAAUGGGUCAACCUUUGAGGGGAGCUGUCCGGACUCUGUCCUGGACUCGUGUUCUUCCCCCUCGGGCGCGACAGGGAGCUUUGCUGCACCGGGCAUGGCAGACCAGAGGCGUCCAGAUUCGCGCUGCGCCCGCGGAGCAGCCUGCAACGGUCAAUGGGGACAAUCUUCCGGUGUCCAGUACUCCCACGACCGCUGAAUCUGCUGAUGCUCGAUUCGACGUUAUCGGCGCACCCUACUCGCUCCUAUCGGUUUCACUUUCCGCCUCCCAGAAUUUGUACACUCGUCGAGGAACUCUGGUGGGACUGAGUGGGAAGGCAGACAAUGUGGUUUCCACGCUCAGUGUCCUCGAACCUUUCCGAAGAGCUGUUGUCGGCGUGCCCUUUCUCUACCAGAAGAUAUCUUCGGCCAGUCCGGUGACAGCCUUGGUCUCCGUCCGUUCCCCCAAUACCUCCUUUGCCGUGGUACACCUCGAUGGCUCCAUCGACUGGAUGGUCGCUCAAAGGCGAGCCUUGCUUGCCUGGACGGGUCGCUCGCUCGCGAUUCGACCCACCAUUAACACAAACCUGAGCUUGGCCCAUUGGGGUAGCUCGGAAGUCACUGGGAGAGGAUUGCUGGCAUUGAUCGGCAACGGCCAGCUGUAUUCGGUCGAGCUCAAGGCUGGCGAGCAAUACAUAGUCCACCCCAGCAACGUUGUUGCUUACACUAUCUCGUCCCACCCCCCUCGUCCCUACCGCUUCAAGUCGACCACAUUGAAGUUCCAGGUCCCAGGCCUCAAGAGCUUGCCCAACUUCAUCCAGGGUUCCAAGUUCCUCCAAGCUAUGUCUGAAUCGGAUACUUGGAAAUCUACGAUGAAGCUGGUGCACAAGCUUCGCACUUGGUCUCGCAUGACCAUUUGGGGAGAUAGGUUGUUCCUUCAAUUCGACGGCCCUACAACCAUCCUUCUCCAGACUCGCGGUCCUCGCAUCAACGAGGUCCUGACGACACACGAAGUGAACGAGAUCGCUAGUGCUCCUCGUGGACUGACCAUCGGGCCAGCCAAGCCCCAAACGUCGGCGGAAGACCCAGUCCGAAGAGCAGCGGAGGAGGCGGUGAAUGCUGCCCCUGUGCCUUCCCGGACGGUGGACGAAUUGUUCCAGGAAGCGAAAGGCACGGCGCAAAGCAUCGCCAAGCUCACCAAGGACGGCAAGGUGAUUUUUGAGAAGCUGAAAUAAGCCAGCUGAGCCGUAAGCAAUUUGUUUCGAUUAUCAUUGUUAUGCAUAAGUGCGAGAGUCUAUGUUGGAAGAUCCAUUUUCAUUGCAGGCUCAAUGUACUAUAGACAGCAUG